CGAGGAUAAUACAGCAUAGUGUCCACAACAGCGAGGAUAACACAGCAUAGUGGCCACAACAGCGAGGAUAACACAGCAUACUGGCCACAACAGCGAGGAUAACACAGCAUACUGGCCACAACAGCGAGGAUAACACAGCAUACUGGCCACAACAGCGAGGAUAACACAGCAUAGUGGUCACAACAGCGAGGAUAACACAGCAUACUGGCCACAACAGCGAAGAUAACACAGCAUAGUGGUCACAACAGGACAGACCUCUUAUCUUCUUACUGCAGAUGGCCUAAGCUAAGAACUGAACACAAGGUCAUUUGAGGUCAACAGGUCACCUAGCAAGGUCAUACUUACGGGAACAAAAGGCCAACUCAGAGAUGUGGCCACAGUAGCCACGGAGGUCAGGUCAGGUCAGGUUAAAAGUUUUUUGAGGAAGUUCUUUCUGUGUGUGAAAAGUUAAAUGCAGAGAAAGUGACGUAAAUGAACUCACAAUAAGGUGGAAAGUGACCGAGAUAAACAAGAAAGUGACUAGAAGUGAGAAAGUGACAGAAAGUUAAAAGGUAACCGGAAAUAAGAUGGAAAAUGGCCAACAGGAAGAAAGUGAUUUAAAACGUAAAGAAGACCAUAAGAAAGUGGGAGGAAAGUGACCGGAAGCGAGAAAUAAAGUGAUCAAAAGCAUAAGAUAGUAACCUAAAGAAAGUAACCAAAGGAAGACAGUGACGGGGAAAAGGGAAAUUGACCAAGAGCACAAGAAAGUGACGAAGAAAGUGACAGGAAACCGGGAUGAUGUCAAUGGAAAUUAGUGAUGGUGCUGACCUCUUGACUGGUCGAAGGUCAGGAGGUGUUGUCAACUACUGGAGAUCAAGAACCAAGAUGGAGAGAAUUCUGUUGGUGGUGAUGGCGGUGAUGUCAGUGGCGCUGCUGGGGUUCAUUAUAGGUGUGGCUGUACUAGAUGGCAAGGUGAAAGAUGACGACCAACAAAUACAGAGACUGAACAAGGAAUUAAUGGAUUGUCGAGACCACCUGUCAACUACCACGCCUUACACCACCACCACUACCACCAUCCCGCCCACAACUACUCCUACCACCGCGGCUUCAUCUACCUCCACUACCGACACCAUGUCCUCCACUACCGACACCAUGCCCUCCACUACCGACGCCAUGCCCUCCACUACCGACACCAUGUCCUCCACUACCGACACCAUGUCCUCCACUACCGACACCAUGUCCUCCACUACCGACACCAUGUCCUCCACUACCGACACCAUGCCCUCCACUACCGACACCAUGUCCUCCACUACCGACACCAUGUCCUCCACUACCGACACCAUGUCCUCCACUACCGACACCAUGUCCUCCACUACCGACACCAUGUCCUCCACUACCGACACCAUGCCCUCCACUAACACCAGUCAAGUGGACUGGAUGAUGGUAGUGGACUGAGUCCACUACCAUCAUCCCUCCCACAUCUACUCCUACCACUGCGGCUUCAUCUACCACCACGCCCUCAAGCCUAACCUCACUGUUGGUAGUUAAAUACAAUUAGUUCACUAUAAUAUAUCCAGUUUGUUAUAAUUAGUACAAUGAAAAAACUUAUGAAAAAAAUAGUAAUCGUAUAUUUUCAGCACACAAUACAUAGUACACACAUACAUUAUACAUAAGCACAUAUAUACAUACAUAUAUAUUUCCACACAUUUUCAUAAACAUAUACAUAUUCAAAUCUAUAUACAUAUUGUGCAUAUAUGCCAUACUAAAUAGAUAUAAUCCUCAAAUAAACUUUAAAACAAUUGAAGUUUUUACCAAAUAAUGACAAUUUUUCUUUUUAUUAAUAUAAUUUAAUUGAAAAUAAUUCGUAGACAUAAAAAUUCAUUGUUUCAUAUAAGACGGCGUUCACUAUUAUAAAAUAGACGAGUUAUACGUAAAGUUGGUGAAGUUUUCUAUGAGGCGAUAUGAUCGCUUAUGGCCAGUCUGAAGUAUUUCGAGUAACACACACACACACACACACACACACACACACACACACACACACACACACACUGCAUUUGCAUAACAUAUUCACAGACAGACAUACAUAUAACAAAAAAUAUUUGAGAUAUGGUUAAUUGUAAUGUGUGUACUGGAAAUAUUGUGUAAUAUUUAUAUAAUACUUUCAUGGGAAUAAAAUAUGAUUUAUGUAACAGUAAUAUUGU